UUUUUCUACUGAUGUAGUUGAUUUAAAGGUCCUUUUACAACCAUUUGAAGACAUUAUCAGACUUUUCAUAUUGGAAUACUGAAUGGGAGCCGCGUAGUUCACCCUUGCCUAAAGGAUGGACAGUGAAGUGAUUCCCAAUGGUAUGUCACUACUUUCCAACUUACGUGGGUUCUGAAAAGCAGAUGAAUUUGCCGAAUGGUGAAGGUAUACAGACAGAAAACAUUGAUGCGUCAAAGGUCCAAGAAAACGAUGGUUGCUCGUUUAUAGAAGAGGAGAGAAAUGCAGUAAUUGCUGCUGCUGUUGCCGACUUUGAUGCAGAUGACCAGUGCGAAGAGAAUGAUGGUGAUGACGAUACAGUCAAUGUGAUUAUAAAGCCUUCCAGUAAGACAGGGAUUUACAAAACCGGCGCAGCUUACCAAGCGCGAUCAGUCGCUCACACAACCCAACAUCAGAAAGUCGCUCGUCAAGGUAUAGAAUUGGAUGAUCCAGGAAAUAUUAAUGGAAUCCCAACUGUCGAGUACAAUCUUUCCACAUUAGGAGAUGAAGAAAAACCAUGGAAGCGACCCGGAGCCGAUAUAACAGACUACUUUAAUUAUGGAUUUACUGAAGAAACGUGGAUCCAGUAUUGUGAAAAACAGAAAAUCUUGAGACAGGAAUAUGCAAACACAACACUGAAGCCUGUUUUAAGUAGUGGGGGUGCCAAUUUGUUACAGCGGAUUCGUUCUGGCACAGUUUCUUCCAAUACCCGUUCAUUUGAUGGUUCUAAACAAGCUAGUAUCAAUGUAAUAAAUCUGAGUGGUCCUGGAUUAAACAUGCGAUAUUUAAAUUCUAUUUCCAACUCUAAAUCCGGAAAUUCCCCAUCUGAUGUAUCAAAUCGUCUCUUAAAUGGAACCGCAAAUAAUUCUUCAAACUUACUCAGUCAAUUCAACCAACCACCACCUGGCUAUUUAGGUGGAACUCAACAAACGAAUGGAAAUACAACUGGUACUGGUGUUUUUAACAUACCUCCUCCAGGUUUUGGAACAUUAACACCUGGAAACAAUUCACAAGUCUUAAACGCUACAAAUCCCGCUGCUGCUGCUGCAGCCGCUGCUUUAUUUCCUAACCUUGCAGUUCCUCCUCCUGUUGUGAACAAUCUAACCGGAUGGCCUACUGGAAAUAUGGCAUUAUCUAGUCUGAUUGCAUCUGGUGAUGCUAUUAUUGAUCCUACUACUGGUCAAAUUAGUGGUAUAAUUGAUCAUGGAGAUCGUAGCCCAGGUUCAAUGUACUCUAAUGAAGAUCCUAUGUCUCGACGCGGACGGCGUCAUUACCAUCCAGACGAAAUUAGUUAUUACGAAAGAGAAGGCUAUCGAUCACGUCGUCGUAGUCGUUCAAGUAGCAGAGAACGUUAUCAUUCUCGGCACCGUCGCCAUCGUGAUUCAUCAAGAUCUGGAAGAGAAUAUGAACACCGUAGAGGAACAUCACAUCAUUCUCGCCGUUCACGCGAAGACCGUUACUCUGGAGGGGUUGUUGGUGCAGAGGAACACGCGUCUACUGAAGCUCCCUCACCAAAUCCAUCUGGCGUCGGAUCACAUCGAGGCAGCGGGCGACGAAGUGAUCGCGAUCGACCUGGUCGAGACCGAAGCCGUGAAAGAGAUCGUAGUAGGCAUAGAAGUGAACGUCGGGAUCAUGAACGAUCAGUUCGCUCUUCUAGACAAAGCGAUCGUCGUUCAUCGCGUCGCAAAGAGCAACCUUCCCCACCAAGACCCCCUGUUACUUCGGAUAAACAACCAACUACCAAACCUGAUCCUCUUCGGCUGCCGCAGCAGCAGCUGCCAACAUUGCCGCCGCCUUGGGAGCUACGAACUCCAGCGGCAAAGCUCCUUGACAAGCCAUUUAUUUCUUUGGACAGAUAUUGCUGCACUGUACAGUUUUUGUAUUUUAAAUGAAUAUGUUUUUCAAACGUAA